AGGACCAGAACAUAAGAGCAAAACACUACCAAAACACAAUUUGUUCUAGUUACCCCCAUCCAAUCUUUCUCUGUCUUCACUCUCUCUCUCUCUCUCUCUCUUUGUUCUCUUUGUUAGUUUGCUUCAUUAAAAAAACCACAAAAAUGGUGCUAGAAAAGACCCUUUCGACCGCCAUGAACGCAAAAAUCGUGGGGUCGGGCGGCGAAGCGGUGGUUUUAGCAUAUGGUUACGGAGGAGACCAGUCUGUGUGGGACAAAAUCCUGCCCUACUUGUCUCAGCAUUACCGUGUUCUCGUCUUCGACUGGCCCUUCUCCGGCGCUGUGAAUAAUAAGGAUGGUGAUAACCUGAAACUGUUUGAUCCAGCUGGGAAAUAUUCCUCCUAUGACGCAUUUGCCCUUGACCUAAUUGCUCUCUUAGACGAGUUUAACCUAAAAUCUACUGUCUUUGUUGGUCAUUCCAUGUCUGGUAUGAUCGGAUGCAUUGCUUCAGUUAAAAGACCUGACCUCUUUAAGUCCCUCAUCCUCAUUGGAGCUUCUCCUAGGUAUAUAAAUACAGAUGACUAUGAAGGUGGAUUUGAGAUGUCAGAUAUUACAGAAAUCAUCUCAGCCAUAGAAUCCAACUAUCACAACUGGGCGGCCAACUUCGCCACACUUGCUGUGGACACAAAUGACCCUCCCUCUGUCGAAAAAUUCGCCAAGUGCCUGCAGAGAAUGAGGCCUAAAGUUGCCCUCGCCUUGGCCAAAACCGUCUUUUACAGCGACCAUAGAGACGUUAUCGACAAGGUCUCGACUCCAUGCACCAUCGUCGGCACCAGCAACGACAUUGCUGCUCCAAAAUCGGUUGCGUUCUACAUGCAGAAGAAGAUGAAGGAAAACUCUAACGUCGAGAUUAUGAAUACAAAUGGGCAUUUCCCACAUUUGACUGCCCACCUUGAGCUUCUUGAUGUGCUUGGAAAAGUCUUGGGCCUUAAAUUUGAUCAUAAUCCUUAAGAUUAUACAUGCUGAUGAUGUUAAUUAGUUUAUUUCUUAGGUAAGUAAGUAGUAGCUAGGUGGCCAGAAUAAUUUGUAUGGUGAAAAAGAAGUGUCCACUGCAAGAGGUUUAUAGCUCAAGUGUAUUUGUUUACGCACUUGAGAUUCUAUGUUUGAUUUGUCAAUCCACGCAUAUCGUUUGUAUCAAAAGACUAGAAAAAUGGGGAAAUGAUAUGUAUGGUUAAUAUGUACCCGCCAAUCACAAUUUGACGUACACAUGUGAUGAAACUUUUAUUUGUUUUGUAA